AUGGCAGCAAUUGAAUCCAAAAUUGAUUCAAAACUCUGCUUCAAAAGUGAAGUUGAAGAAAUUAAGGCCAUCUUUGAAGAGAACAAAAGGGGGAUUCAUGGGAAUAAGCAAAAUCAAGCAUUGAAGGUUCAACAAUGUCAAGGAGCUAGGUACAGGAUAAAGGAAUGA